CUUAAAAAUUUUUGAAGCACGGUUUCGAAAUCAGUGCUAAAUUGUGCUUUAAAAAUUUUGAUCGUUGACAGAAGUUCACGACUUUCAUUUUAUUUUGUAAACUAGUGUUAUUUAUGUAGGGUACGAGUGCCAUAAGUAUCCUCACGCUCCCAAAUUCAUCCUAUCCGAAAACAAGCGAUUACGGUACCGAUUGAUUUCGUUCUUUUUGAUUUUAUGCGUAAUUAUUCCUAACAAAAAAUACAAAAAUAAGAAACAAAACAAACAGCGUUUCAAUUCUUUGUUUCAGUAGGAUGAAAAUGGGAGCCACAUGCUUAAUAAGGGAAUCAACACCCUACAUAUGUCCAUAAGCUACUAAAUGUGUGUGACUUGGGUCCAGUCAAUUUGCUUCUUAUCAUCAAGCAUAGUAAGCCACUUCUCUUCAUCGGUGGCCGUGUGGCCUAAUGGAGAAGGCGUCGGACUUCGGAUCCGAAGAUUGCAGGUUCGAGUCCUGUCACGGUCGCAUCAAAUCUUUUUUAGACAAUUUCAAACCGCACAUCGGUUUCUUAUUAUUACGAUUUGUAUAGAAGAAUGCGAAAGAUAAGCAACAGGUUCCGUACCGCGCGUACUCGCUUCCCCUUUGUAUCCGUUCCAUUAGUUUGCAAUGAAGAAACACAUACCAACCGACAAAAAAUCUGCAUUUGAUUUGACCGCGAAUCGUUCUUAUGCUGAGGGUUCAUUCCAGCACGUGAUCCAAAAAGGGUAAGAAGGCAGAGAAAAUUCAAAACAAUUUCGACGUUGACGCUCGUCAUAACCAUCCCAGACACAGCAAAAGAGCACAUUGGAUUGUAUUACAAAUUGCUACAUAUAAGUGUCAGGGAACCUUUUGAAUGGGUCCAUUCUGAGCCGAAAACAGCAAAGCAGAAUCUGGGAAACAUCCGGACUUUGGCCACAUCGUCGUCGACUCUGGAAGAGCACCGACCGACACAGAUCGAAUAAAAAGAAGCGCGGCACACAAUAAUAACACUAUGAUUAGGUAUAUGUACCUACUGUUACUGUGAGCACGAGGCGUUCUGGCUCUGGGCUUCUGGGUCUUUCUAUCGCCGUUUCGUUCGUCAACAACUUCUUUUUAACAUCGUUUUAGUUUGACUUCUCAUUUCGUCGGUCUCGAUGACUCGAUGACUUCUGCUGGCUAGAUAUUUUAAAUGAGCAAUGAGCAUUUGUUUAACAAGCGGGGAGUCUACAACGUAUUGAAAUUGGGUAGAGGAAAGUGACAUAUUAUGGAGAUAAAUUGAAUUAAAAUACUGUGGGGAUGUCACCAGACCUAUUACAAAAAAGUUGCUCUAUUGCAAAUCAAUUUUAAAAGUUUCAUAUACUCCACAACAAUAGACAAGUUUCCCCUAUCUAUUUAAAUCGUAUGACGCCUGGUUGACAACCACCGCAUAUCUACAUACUAUGGUAAGUGAUUAUCGAACAGACAUCAUUCGCUGCUACAUACAGCCCCUGGAGUCAUCUGCGUCGUGGUUACGCACAUUACUCAAAUCUGGAGACAUUUUCGUUCUGAGCAAGCUGCGUGAACAAUUUUUCAUUUGCACGCGACGACGCCUGAUGAUGAUCCAUAUUAACUCCCAUAACGGCUCUGGAUUAUGUCACUUAUUACUGUGUGAUGGUAAAGAUGCCAGUCUCUUGUUCUACAUCAAAAUGAAUAAUUACACUCGCAGUUAAUAAAUUGUGGUCUUGAAUAAGAAGAGCUCUACUUCGAUUUUUGUUGUUUCAAAGACGUAGCUAUUUGGGUUAACCGUUUAUCAUAUCGUAAUUAGUAGCAGCAUCACAGAAGUACCUAAAGGUUAAAACAAAAAAAAAGGAGGAAUAAUAAAAUGUCACGAAAAAAUGAAUUAAAAUCUCCAAUUGAAUGUUAUGUUACUUACCUAAUUCUUGAUACUCGUAUAGAUGGGUCUACACGGAAUAAAGCUGGUCUCGGUCCUGGGCCAAUCGUUUCCAGUCGUUCUGAACGUUUAGAGUUCUUAAGUGCCCCACACAAUGCAUACGUUUGCGUGUGCGUGACAGUAGUUUGACACAUUUCCCAUGGGAAAACUGUCAAAAAAAAAAACGAAAACCUCGACGGAACGGACGCUAUGUGUUCCAGGCUUUAGGUUCUCCUCAACUACAAAAGGCCCACGCGUGCUUCUACCACGAAACCAAGGGCCUCUUCCUGCUGAUGUUCCCUACUCAUGUGUCGUGUCCUCGAACGAUAGACCUGAUGACGAGAAAGAAGCGUUCUACGAACAGUUAGAGCAAACAUACGAUCGUAGUCGGCGACAUGAACGUAGGUAGGAAGGGAGGAAAUGUACAGACCGGUAAUCGGGCGAAACAGCCUGCACGCCGUAUCGAAUGAUAACGGCCAGCGAUGCGUAAACUUUGCAGCCUCCCGUGGUAUGGUAAUCCGAAGCACCUUCUUCCCCCGCAAAGAUAUCAACAAAGCCACCUGGAGAUCACCCGACCAACAAACAGAAAAUCAAAUCGACCACGUUCUAAUCGACGGUAAAUUCUUCUCAGAUAUAACCAACGUCCGCACAUACCGCAGUGCGAAUAUAGAUUCGGAUCACUACUUAGUCGCUGUAUGCAUGCGCUCAAAACUUUCGACAGUUAUCACCACGCGUCGAAGUCGAACGCCGCGGCUCAACAUCGAGCAACUUCGUAACGUAGAAGUGGCUCAAGACUACGCACAGCAGUUAGCAGUGGCCCUACCAACGGAAGAGCAGCUUGGCGCAGCUACACUUGAAGAUGGCUGGAGGGACAUCCGAUCCGCCAUAGGCAGUACCUCGGCUACAGCACUAGGCUUCGCGUCUCCGAAUCACAGAAACGACUGGUACGACGGCGAAUGUGAACAGUUUAAAAACGAGAAGAAUGCAGCAUGGGCGAGAAUGCUGCAACACCGUACGAGGGCGAAUGAGGCACGUUACAAACAGUCGCGGAACAGGCAGAACUCAGUCUUCCGGAUGAAGAAGCGCCAGCAGGAAGAACGAGAUCGCGAAGCGAUGGAAGAGCUGUACCGCGCUAAGGAAACACGAAAGUUCUACGAGAAGCUGAACCGCUCGCGCAGAGGCUUUGUGCCACAAGCCGACAUGUGCCGAGAUAAUCACGGGAAUAUUCUCACGAGCGAGCGUGAGGUGGUCGAGAGGUGGCGGCAGCAUUACGAUGAGCACCUCAAUGGCGACGUUGCAAGUACCGAAGGUGGCGUGGUAACAGAUUUAGGAGUAUGUGCACAGGACGAAAGACUUCCGGCCCAUGACCUCCAAGAGAUGGAGGUGGAGGUUGGCCGGUUGAAAAACAACAAAGCCGCUGGAGCAGAUCAACUACCAAGCGAGCUUCUAAAAUACGGUGGAGAAGCACUGGUGAGAGCACUACACUGGGUCAUUACCAAGAUUUGGGAGGAGGAAGUAUUACCGGAGGAAUGGAUGGAAGGUAUCGUGUGUCCCAUCUACAAAAAGGGCGACAAGUUGGAUUGCGGGAACUACCGCGCGAUCACACUACUGAGCGCUGCCUACAAGAUACUCUCUCAAAUUUUAUGCCGCCGUCUAUCACCGAUUGCAAGAGAGUUCGUGGGGCAAUAUCAGGCUGGAUUUAUGGGUGAACGCGCUACAACGGACCAGAUGUUCGCCAUCCGCCAGGUGUUGCGGAAAUGCCACGAAUAUAACGUGCCCACACAUCACUUGUUCAUCGAUUUCAAAUCGGCGUAUGAUACAAUCGAUCGAACAGCUAUGGCAGAUUAUGCACGAAUACGGAUUCCCGGAUAAACUGAUACGGUUGAUCAAGGCGACGAUGGAUCGAGUGAUGUGCGUAGUUCGAGUGUCAGGGACACUCUCGAGUCCCUUCGAAUCUCGCAGAGGGUUACGGCAAGGUGAUGGUCUUUCGUGCUUGCUGUUCAACAUUGCUCUGGAGGGUGUAAUAAGAAGAGCGGGGAUAAACACGAGUGGGACGAUUUUCACGAAGUCCGUUCAGCUGCUUGGUUUCGCCGAUGAUAUUGAUAUUAUUGCUCGUAAAUUUGAGACGAUGGCGGAAACGUACAUCCGACUAAAGAGUGAAGCCAGGCGAAUCGGAUUAGUCAUUAAUGUGUCGAAGACAAAGUACAUGAUGGCAAAGGGCUCCAGGGAGGAAUCAGCGCGCCCGCCACCCCGAAUUUAUAUCGACGGUGAUGAAAUCGAGGCGGUUGAAGAAUUCGUGUACUUGGGCGCACUGGUGACCGCCGACAACGACACCAGCAGAGAAAUUCAGAGGCGCAUUGUGGCAGGGAAUCGUGCUUACUUUGGACUCCGCAGAACUCUACGAUCGAAUAAAGUUCGCCGUAACACGAAGUUAACCAUCUACAAAACGUUGAUUAGACCGGUCGUCCUCUAUGGGCAUGAAAC